AUGGCCGGGCCGGGAGCAUCGCCCCACGUCUGGGGGUGGCUGAUGCUCGGCGGCUGCCUUCUCGCGGGAGCCCAGCUGGAUUCUGAUGGCACUAUUACGAUAGAGGAGCAGAUUGUCCUUGUGCUGAAAGCUAAAGUACAGUGUGAGCUCAACAUCACAGCUCAGCUUCAGGAAGGAGAGGGAAAUUGUUUCCCAGAAUGGGAUGGACUCAUUUGCUGGCCCAGAGGAACAGUGGGGAAAAUACUGGCUGUCCCAUGCCCUCCUUAUAUUUAUGACUUCAAUCAUAAAGGAGUUGCUUUUCGACACUGUAACCCCAAUGGAACGUGGGAUUUUAUGUACAGUUUAAAUAAAACAUGGGCUAAUUAUUCAGACUGCCUUCGCUUUAUGCAGCCAGAUAUCAGCAUAGGAAAGCAAGAAUUCUUUGAACGCCUCUAUGUCAUGUACACAAUUGGAUAUUCUGUUUCCUUCGGUUCCUUGGCUGUGGCUAUUGUCAUUAUUGGCUACUUCAGACGAUUACAUUGCACAAGGAACUAUAUCCACAUGCACUUGUUUGUGUCUUUCAUGCUGAGAGCUGUAAGCAUCUUUGUCAAGGACAAAGUGGUCCAUGCUCACAUAGGAGUCAAGGAGCUACAGUCCCUCUUGAUGCAGGAUGACCUACAAAGUUCCAUAGAAAUGCCUUCUGUGGACAAGUCACAAUAUAUUGGGUGCAAGAUUGCUGUUGUUAUGUUCAUUUACUUCUUGGCUACAAAUUACUAUUGGAUCUUGGUGGAAGGUCUCUACCUGCAUAGUCUAAUCUUUGUGGCAUUCUUUUCGGACACCAAAUACCUGUGGGGCUUCAUCUUGAUAGGCUGGGGGUUCCCAGCAGCAUUUGCUGUGGCCUGGGCUGUGGCACGAGCAACUCUGGAUGAUGCAAGAUGCUGGGAACUUAGUGCUGGAAACAUCAAGUGGAUUUACCAAGCUCCAAUCUUAGCAGCUAUUGGGCUCAAUUUUAUUUUGUUUCUGAAUACUGUUAGAGUUCUGGCUACCAAAAUCUGGGAGACCAAUGCAGUUGGGCAUGACACAAGAAAACAAUACAGGAAACUCGCCAAAUCAACCCUGGUCCUUGUGCUGGUCUUUGGAGUGCACUACAUCGUGUUCCUGUGCCUGCCCCACUCCUUCACAGGGCUGGGCUGGGAGGUCCGGAUGCACUGUGAGCUCUUCUUCAACUCCUUUCAGGGAUUCUUUGUGUCUAUCAUCUACUGCUACUGCAAUGGAGAGGUUCAGUCUGAGGUGAAGAAGUUGUGGAGUCGGUGGAGCCUGUCCAUCGACUGGAAAAGGACGCCCCCCUGCGGCGGCCACAGGUACGGCUCGGUGCUCACCACGUUGACGCACAGCAGCAGCAGCCAGUCGCAGGGGGCAGCCAGCGCUCGCCUGGUGCUCAUCUCCGGCAAAACGCCCCGCACAGCCGGCCGCCAGCCCGACUGCCACGUGACUUUACCCGGCUGCGUCUGGAGCAGCUCGGAGCAGGACUGCGCGCCGCACCUGAUCCGCGAGGAGACCCCGGAGGGGAGCGCGAGGCUGCGAGAGGAGAUUCCCAUGGCGGCGUCCCCCCGGCCGCUGGAAUUGAACCCAGAGCCGGAAGGAAGCAGAGGAGAAACCGAGGACGUUCUCUGA